AUGUCUGAAAAUCUGACAGAGCGUAUCACCAAUCCCAAACAUAUACAAGACCUCAAGAUUGACCUUACCAGCCUUAGCAAUGCAUCUGAGUCACCAACCCAAAGGCAACCAAUAGAACUGGUUCUCUUACAGCCCCUCUCUGACCCUGACUUGCUCGAAGCCUGCCGAAAUCCGGAUUCGCAGAUACGUCGCAGACCGAACGGUGUUGUCUGCGGUACCUCCAAUCAAGAAUUCCUUGAUAUAGGGCCCCUCAGUAAGGCUUGGAGGGAGGCACUGUUGACAAUCCCACCCAUCUCCAACCUGGUCUUCAAUCUCGCUCUGCCUAAAGAGGCGGAGAAGAGGAAUGGUUCAUUCCAGAAAGUGUACUGGGUCACUGCCAUGCCCCAAGAACCUAGCGUCGGUGUUCAUUUACGAGAUGCCAUGGCUCUUGUCAUUACUAUCGCGACGGAGAUGAAAAUCCGGGUAGAUGGUGACGUUUUUUUUGAGGCGAUCUACGAAUGA